AUGGAAAAUCCGACCACCGUCGCCGGCGCCACAACCGCCGCGACCGCGACGACGGCAGAAACCAUCAUCCACCACACCACCGCCUUCCUCUCCAAAGCAAUCGCCGACCCGGAGCUCCGGAACCACCUCCUGGCCCUCCUCCACGGCGGCGGCAGGACCCACUUCGCCGCCCGAUUCGCCGCCGGCAGCAACCUCCUCAAGCCCCACAGCCUGGCGCUGGAGGCGGUGGAGAAGGCGAUCGCCGCCACGAACCUCUCCGUACAAUCCUCCUCCCUCGCCGUCGCCGAGAAGCUUCUGCUCUGCUGCUCGACCACUCCCUUCUCGUCCUUCCUCCUCUCCCUGAUCUACUCUUUGGUCCACCAGCCGGCCAAAGCGGCCAGAGCCGUCCUCUGCCUCUUCCGCAUCAACCCUUCCGUCGCGCGGUCCAAAUUCGCACCCGAUCUCUUCCAGGAGCUCUUCCUCGUCCACCUCCUCCCCGCUCUCCGGUGGUUCGAGGAACAGAGGACCCGGAUUCUGUCGAAUUCGGAGGCGUCGCCGACGAAGGUGCUGUCGAGGAUGAACGGAGGGCAGACGAAGGAAUUGAAGGAAUUGGAGGGUAUUUAUGAGCAGGUUCUCGAUGAGAAUUGCAGAGUUUUUGCUGAGUACUUCAUCAAUGAGGUUUUGAGCGAUGGCUCGGCGGCGGAAGUGGGGCCGCCGCCGGCGGUGGUUUUGGGCAGAGGCGAGGCAGGGGAGUUCGCCAUCGCGGGAUUUGGACGGUAUAAUCCGAUACCAAAAGAAGAAGACGCAGCCAGUACAUCUUCAGAACUCUGCAGUCCAUUUGGCAGCAGCAGCACUUCCUCCACUCCCAAUUCCAGCGGUCACCACCCGCCGCCGGCAACCUCUUCUCCUUCUUCUCCGGCGAAAGAAGCAGGAUCCCCUGCUCCUUCUAUCUCCGACUCCGACGACAACACUUCUUCUUCUUCUUCCACCGCUUCUACUUCUUCAUCAGUAUCUACUCCACCCUCUUCUUCCUUAUCCACGCUGAGCACUACUAAUAGGCCAUCUCCUCCGCCAAAGGACUUUGUCUGCCCAAUAACGAGCAACAUCUUCACCGACCCAGUCACCAUCGAGACCGGCCAGACCUACGAGCGGAAAUCGAUUCAAGAAUGGCUGGAUCGAGGGAACUCGAGCUGCCCAAUCACCCGCCAGAAACUGACCAGCACUCUGCUCCCCAAAACCAACUACGUCCUCAAGCGCCUAAUCGCCGCCUGGCUCGAACAAAACCCUACCUCCUCUUCCCCUCCAAUCGAAACCCCUCCCCGCCGGCGGAAAUCCGGAGAGCCCACCACUACUCCGUCGUUGUCUCCCAACAGCGUCAUCGUCGCUGCAGCGGCAGUCGACGGCUCUGUUUCUGAAUUACGCCACGCGAUAAACAACCUCUGUAUGUCGGAGAUCCUCGACGAAUCGGAGGCGGCGGUUCAGACCAUCGAGAGGUUCUGGCAGGAGGAGGUGAAGAAGAGUAAGAAUCAGAAUCGAGGAGGGAUCGAUGUGCAGAGCGUGCUGUCUCGCCCCGCCGUCGUGAGCGGGUUCGUCGAGAUUCUGUUCAAUUCCGACGAUCCGGCGGUUCUGAAGGCGGCCGUCUUCCUGUUGUCCGAAUUGGGGGCGAGGGACGAGUCGGUGGUCCAGACCUUGACCAGGGUUGACUCCGACGUUGACUGCAUCCUCGCCCUGUUCAAGAACGGGCUGAUGGAGGCUGUGGUGUUGAUUUACCAUCUGUUGAGGGGUUCUUCUUCUCCCGAGGAAUUGAUGGAGAUGGACAUGGUGGAAUCUCUGGUGGCGGUGUUGGAGAGGAAGGAGAGUGAAAUGGUGGAGAUGUGUAUGAAGCCCAGAAGCGCUGCGGUGGUUUUGUUGGGGCGGAUGAUGGCGAGUGGCGAGGGGAGCGCUGUGGAGGCCGCCAUUGUUGAGGGUAUUGUGAAGAAGGAGGGCGAUGAUGUUGUGGCGGCCAUUGUUGGAAGCUUGGAAUCCGAAUGGGACGAGGAGAGGGUUUCGGCGGUUGGGAUGCUGCUGAAAGUUAUGAAGGAAGAUGGGAGGCGUAGGAACACUGUUGCUGAUAAAGCUGAGCUUGCUCCUGUGUUGGAGAGCUUCACUGGCGGUGGUGAUGGUGAGAAGUUUGAGAUCAUUUGUUUCCUCUCCGAAUUAGUGAAACUCAACAGAAUGACAUACAACGAGCAAGUUCUUCACAUAAUCAAGGAUGAAGGGACUUUCAGCACGAUGCAUACUUUCCUCAACUAUUUGCAGACUGCCCCUGUGGAUCAAUCUCCUGUCUUGGCUGGCCUUCUUCUUCAACUUGAUCUUCUGGCUGAGCCGAGAAAGAUGAGCAUGUAUAGAGAAGAGGCAAUAGAUACCUUCAUCUCAUGCCUCAAGAACUCAGAAUUGCCAGCUGCUCAAGUUGCUGCUGCAAAGACCAUUAUGUCGUUACCGGGGAGGUUUAACGUAUCUGGGAAAUCACUUACAAGAGCAUUUCUACUGAAAUGCGCUGGAGUUGAGAAGAGUUAUCGAAUCCUGACUCAGAAUGAGCACCAGCAGACUAGGGAGCUUUAUGGGGAAACUGCAGAGAUAGAAGAGAGGGCAGCUGAAGUUUGGGACAUGAAGAUGGCAUCUGCAUUAGUAAGCCACGAGUUUGGAGCAAUCUUCGAGGUGCUGGCGGAAGGGAUGAAGAGCAGGAACUCAGAAUUGCAAUCUGCUUGCUUUGUUUCAGCUGUAUGGCUGGUGCAUAUGCUUGGCGUUCUUCCCGACACUGGGAUUCGAGGUGCUGCCAGAGUCUGCUUGCUCGACCAGUUCGUGACGAUUUUCAAGUCGGCAAAGGAUAAUGAGGAUAAAGUCCUGGCAUUGCUAGCUCUCAAGAGCUUCCUCAAUGAUCCUGAGGGGCUACAAGAUUUAAAUAACAACAUGAAAGAUGUAAAGAAAGGUCUGAGAGAGCUGAGGAAGUCUUGUCCAUUGGCAGUUGAAGUUCUCAAGGAUCUCACAGAGGGAAAAGAUAACAGUGCUGAAUUGUGGAACCACAAAGAACUAGUUCAGGUUGAUUGCUGUGAGAAUGGAGAGGUGCUUACCAUUGCCUGCUUCAAGGACAAGAUCAUUUCAGGCCACUCAGAUGGAACUAUGAAGGUAUGGACCGGUAAGGGCAGCAUCCUUCACCUUAUCCAGGAAAUCAGAGAGCACACAAAGGGAGUUAGUAGUUUGGUGGUUCUGCAAUCAGGAAACAAGCUAUAUAGUGGCUCACUUGACAGAACUACCAGAGUCUGGUCCAUAGUGGGUGACACGUUGCAUUGUAUGAAAGUUCAUGAUAUGAAAGACCCGGUUCAUAAUCUGGUGGUAGCCAACUCCAUUGCUUGCUUCAUCCCUGCAGGGACCGGUAUCAAGGUUCAUUCCUGGAGCGGCAGGUCCAACUUGCUGAACUCAGGGCGAUAUGUCAAGUGCCUCUCUCUGGUUCAGGGGAAGCUUUACUGCGGCUGCCACGACAGCAGCAUUCAGGAAAUCGAUUUGGCAACAGAAACAGUAUCAUUCAUUCAAAGUGGAUCCAGGAAGCUAAUUAGCAAAGCAAGUCCUGUACAUGCGCUAGAGGUUCGAGACGGGCUCAUAUAUUCAGCCGUUUCGCCAUUGGACGGAGCAGCUGUUAAGAUAUGGAGUGCUUCAAAUCAUGGUCAAGUAGGUUCAUUGGCAACAACGAUGGAAGUAAGGGCCAUGGCUGUAAGUUCAGAACUGAUAUAUUUGGGGAGCAGAGUUGGGACGAUAGAGAUUUGGGAUCGAAAGAAGCACAUCAGAGUAGAGACCAUACAAGCUUGCACCAACAGUAAAGUAAUUUCCAUGGCUGUAGAUUGUAAUGAAGACAUACUGGUUGCUGGGACUUCAGAUGGAUGGAUUCAGGCAUGGGGAGUGAGCUAAGAGAGAGAGAGAGAGAGAGAGAGAGGUGUUGGUGUAAAUUAUUUUUGGCAAGAAAAUAGGGUGGGAAUAGGGUUCAUCCUCCAUCACCAUUCUUUGUAAGAGCAGGGGACUUAUUCAUUUUUUUGUUCUUUUGGGGAUCCUUCCUAUCUUCAGUUGGAAUAAAUAGCCUUUGUAUAUAGACAGAGAGCCAUGUAGUAAAUUACUAAAAUGUAUU